AUGCUCCAAGACAUGGCGAGCGGCCUGAGCAGCAUCAUCCGGCAUGCGAUGGACCGGCAGACUUUGUACGAAGUCGGACUAAAAGCUGGCGAAUUGUGCUGGCACUCGGUCAUCAUGCAAAUAAUGUUCCUAAUCGAGGAAAGCAUCGGAGAUUCUUCUCGUGGUUGGGGAGUUUUAGCUUUGCCCGACGAGAGCUUCCUGACCGUAGAUACCCUGGAAGAGCUCAUUGGUGGCAAGCCUCGUACAAUACUCCCUACUAGUAAAGUAUGUUCGCAGCCAAUGGCAGAUGUUGAGCCAUGCGUUCGAGCCGUCCCUGAAAAUCCCUGCCCGGAGCUUGAUUCUGGCUUAGAUCGCGCCCACCAUCUACAUAUAAUCCUGCCGGGCCAGAAUGCUCUUCAUGCGAUAGCAAACCUACUUGGAAAUGAGAAUGAUCAACUCGGAGACGAAACAGAUGAAGAGAUACUAGGUGGCGAGGGGUUUGAUGAAGAAGAGGAGGACGAAGAGGAAGAUGACGAUGACGAUAAUGAUGUCGAAGAAGACGACGAAGGUGACGAUGAUAACGGCGAAGAUAGCGAUGCAGGCGCACACGAUCAAGAGGAUGACGACGAACAGGACCUCGAAAUUGCUCAGGUAGAAAACGCGGAAGACGUGGACAUGGACGACGAAUCUGACGUGUCUUGGGUGGGCGACAAUUUCAUAGAAGAAGCGAUCGUUGAUGAUGUCGUGGAUCAGGCCGUGGCACAUAUUGGGUCUGUUCAGCCGGUCACCUCUAGCGGGCUGGUCACAGCUUACGGGUUUUUCAACAAACGACGUCUACCGGCUUCUCCCUUUGCGGCUACCAAAGGGUUGGGUUGGCAUGAAAUGGGCGAAAAGUUGGUCUACUUUCCGCACUCGGGUCGCAUUGCACCUAUACCGCAAGAGGCGCAUUCGUUGGCCAAAUUUCUCAAGCGACCACGGGAGGUCAGCGACUCUCUACGUGCCAACCUAGACUCCAUGUCAAGGGGCUACCAUCUCGUGCGCAUGUAUGAAAAAGACCUGGAAAUGAGAAGUCUUCAGACGAAUGAUCUUGGCGACGAAAAGGAGAUUGGCAUUCACUGCCCCAACGUUCUCACUUUUGGGAGCUUUCCGGACCGGAACCUGCGGCCCUACUUCAGGGCCACCAGCAGGCUGAGCAUGGUCAUGCACGUACCAGAGCUGUCACUUGUGAUUAUUGGGUCGCCCAUGGGCAGAGUGCUUCUCCUCACGCCAACUCGCCUCCCAAGUCCGCAGAGUGCAGGGCCUGGCAAGCCUGGGUACUGGAGCCAUGGACUUCGAGUGGAGUGGGUGCUGCCUCGCACGUCGGAUGACAUCUGCCAUGGUCAGCAUAGAAGACCGCUGCACGGCGUCGCAGUAGGGCCUGUGCAGGAUGAGCGUGGUAUAGGCGCACUGGGCUCUGAUCACGCUUCCAUCCCACGCCGGUAUCGUUUGAUGCUGCAUUACCGGAAUCACGACAUUGCAACUUUUGAAAUUACGAGACAAGAACAGACAGGAAAGCUAUGCAUCUUCUGA